CAUCGUGCAGACACUACGUUGUUGUCUGACAACCCUGCUAGUCACAAUCACCACACCAGCUGCUUCCCAUCACAGUUACCAAGACGCUGCCUCAAGUAUCUCACCAGCCUCUACGAUGGCAGACGAGGAACCAAAGGUUCAUGCCGAAAAAUCGCCGUUAUCACCAGUGACGCCGGAGUGUUUCGUGACAGAAGACCACGUGCGGGCAGCGCUUACGACAGACAAGGGCACCACCGCACAACUCACCGCCUGGAGAAUCGUGGACUUCACUAAGAAGGGCGACAAUUAUGCCUCUGUAGUGACCAGCGUCGAGGUGAAGUAUGAGUUCGACGGUAAAAGCUCCGAAGUGGUCUAUGUGGUAAAGAUUAACACAGGAAAGACCAUUGGAGGUGAAAACAUUUUUGAUACAUUUUUCCAAAAGGAAUGCAAUUUCUUCCUCGACAUCGCACCUGAUAUAAACUCUGUAUUAAAGGAGAUUGGUCACACAGAGAUCAACGUUCCCAAAUGUUUCUAUAUAAGCCUGGAAGAAAGAAAAGAAGUGAUCUUCCUUGAGGACCUACGAGCUAGAGGCUACAAAAUGGCUGACCGUAAGCAAGGGUUGGACAAGGCUCACACUACCCUCGUGCUAAGGGAGCUGGCCAGACUUCACGCCGCCUCCCUGCUGCUGCAGAACAAAAUCCCUGACGAACACUUCGGAGAAAAGUACCCUCUUUUAAAGAUAGGAUUAGCUUACUUCUUGCAAAAUUACAGUUCAUUGCGUAAAAUUUUUGAAAAUAGUGUGACAUUUACCAAAGAUAUCAUAGAAAGAGUAGGAGGAUACGAGAGAUUGUCUGCCUGGACAGACACGAUCAUCCCAUAUAUAGUGGACAUCUUGGAUCAGAUGGGUUGCGGCGAGCCUAAGGUGGUGUGUCACGGAGAUUGCUGGAUUAACAACCUUCUCUUUAGGUACAGUGAGACCGGCUACCCCGAGGAUGUGAUGCUUCUUGACUUGCAGAUGACAUACCUCAGUGUUCCUGCUGCAGAUCUCAACUACCUCCUAUAUAGUAGCAUGACGGGGGAUGUCAGGAAGCCCAACAUUGAAGCCUUCCUGGGCUCCUACUACACCACUUUCAAGGACGUCAUGGAGGCUGGCGGCAAGACAGUACCUUUCACGCAGACACAGCUCUUCAAGGACUUCAGGGACAGGAAUGUCGCUGGUUUAUUGUUUGCCAUAAUAUUUUUGCCUGUCAUGGUCUUUGAAACUGAAGAAGUAGAGUCAUCGAAAGAUAAUGGAGAGGAUGUUGAAGAUUACCUUCGUAAGACGAGAGACAAGGCGAUGGAAAUGCUAGACACAAAUCCUAUUGUGAAGUCAAGAUUUAUGUCUCUUUUUGACGAAAUUAUGGAAUUAGGAAUUGCUCCAUGAGAGAGAGAAAGAGAGAGAGAGAGAGAGAGAGAGAGAGAGAGAGAGAGAGAGAGAGAGAGAGAGAGAGAGAGAGAGAGAGAGUGAGAGAGAGAGAGGUAAGAGGCGCGUGUGUGUGUUUUAUUAAUGUAUGUUAAGCCAACGUUAUCUGUUUACUUAUCAAGUAGUAAGUGUCUAAAUAAAAAAAUAAACAUAUUUAUGCAAA